AACAUCAUCAACCAGGAAGUGAUUUGACAGCGCUAUGAACAGUUAUUCUCUUGACCUCGGUUUCUUAAAUAUGUGAUUUUUUUCUCUUUGGGCGGGAGAGCGCACGUUACGCCUCAUUGCAGCUUCAGCUCCACCAUGACAACAAAGUCCUCUGUGUCUUUGCUCCAGCUUUCCUGGAUAGGUUUCAGACUCCGUGCAUGCUCGUCUUUUCACCCCCGAACCCUGAACCUGGCAGCAAUAGCCUCCACUCGCCCUCCGCACAUCUCAACUGGCUGUCGGUCAUCGUCCAGCAAUGCAAAAGUCCGCUCCUAUCUUCAGUUUGUUAAGCGUAAGAUUAUUUCCCCCCCCUGUCCUCCGUACAGCCACGUUUGCCAGGUGGGCGAUCCCGUCCUGCGCUCGCACGCGGCUGCGGUCGACCCCGCAGCCGUAACGGGCCCAGAGGUUCAAAAGGUCAUCCGCACGAUGGUCAAAGUGAUGCGGAAGCUGGAGUGCGUGGGACUGAGCGCGCCCCAGAUUGGGGUACCGCUUCGGAUUCUGGCCUUGGAAUAUCCAGACAGGAUGUUGCAGGAGAGUUCCCCAGCAGCCAGAGAGCUGCGCGGCCUCUCGGCGCAGCCCCUGAGGGUUUUUGUGAACCCCCAGCUGAGGGUGUUGGAUGGGCGGACGGUGCUCUUCCAGGAGGCCUGUGAGAGCAUCUCCGGCUUCUCUGCCACGGUUCCACGCUACCUGUCUGUGGAAGUGUCAGGUCUGAAUGAAAAAGGGGAAGCCGUCACGUGGCAGGCCAACGGCUGGUCGGCUCGGGUCCUACAGCACGAGAUGGACCACCUGGACGGGGUCCUCUACAUUGACCGAAUGGACAGCAAGACUUUUGUCAAUAUCAACUGGCAGGCACACAAUGAAUAGAAAACCCCGUCGGCCCCGACUGUAAAAUAAGUGACUUUCAGUGGUUGUGCGUUUUAUUUCAGGACAUCUGUGGCUUCGCUGGGUUGAAUAAACAUUUUGACGUUUUUUCUUGUAAACGUGUCGAGUUUGCGGCCUCAACACGCCUCAGGCAUGUGGAGGCAUGAACCAGAAACACUGGUCAAAUAUGGCGGCCGAGUCCUGAUCUUGUGCAUACUUUUUAGAACUGAUGGAACGUGUUAUGAUAUUCAACCCUUAAACUAUCACUGCAACCCACUCACAUGGUCUGUCAGUCCCUUUUCUCUUGGACAUUUUACAUCUUGAUUUUGAUCUGAGGGAAGCCAAUGGCUCAGGUCUGAAGAGUACAUUCAAGGCUUUUUUCUCACAUUUAGCUGUGAAUGCUUUACAGGACAAGUAACCUUUUUAUUACAUAUUUAAAACUCCCGCUCAAGUGUUUUAAAAUAGCUUCUUUUUUUUUUCUCGCUUUAACCUGACAAAGCUCAGGCAUAAAAAAAA